UGUGGGCACUUGUUUCAGGUAACUGUUUGUCUUACUUGUGGCGAUGAGGGCUUUCCGGAGUUGUUGGAUUUUUGUGAAACGUGUCAGGUUUAUGCAGUGCAUAGGUAUUGUUUAGAUGGGCCUGUGGAUUAUACUGGUGAAGUCACCUGGUUCUGUGAAGAUUGUGAUGCAAAGGUAGUAGACACAUCUUCUCAUGAUCAAAGUAAAGCCAGAAUAGAGGUAACAAAUUGCAUGAAGAAAGUAAGGAAAAACAAGCAACAACAAAAAGCUGAUUCUAGUGAGGGGCAUGUGACUGUUACUGAACCACAGCCUAUUGCUGAUCCAGUGUGGAGGGGAAGCUUGUACUUCUGCGAUCAAAGUAUUGAUAUUUUCAAUGGACUUCUGGCCCAUUUGUCCAAUUUAGCAUGCCCCCAAGUCCAAGAGGAAGCAAGACUUCUCCCUGAGGUGCUUCGUGUGGACUUGCUUGAAAGAUCUGAAGUAUGGCCAAAGUAUUUCAAGGAAAGUGGACCAAAUGAGGAGAGCAUUGCUCUUUAUUUCUUUCCUGAGAAUGAAUGCAAUGAGAGGGCCUUUGACGAGCUGGUUGAUGAGAUUAUUUACCAUGACCUUAUCAUAAAAGCUGUGGUUAAAAAUGGAGAGCUUUUAGUUUUUCCUUCUACAGUGCUCCCAAUGAAACAAAGGAGAUUUCAAGCAAAGUAUUACUUGUGGGGACUCUUCAGAGAAAAGCAAACUUCUCCUAAGUCUAAAACUUGUCAUAACCAUAGUUCCUCUAAUACUUUUUAGGCCUAGUGGUGUGGUUCUGUUUCCAAUGCACGGUGGUACUCCUGUUUCCCUAGCCAUUGAAUUCAUUAAUAUGUAUCUAUUUAGUUUUACCGAACGUUUUUGAGAAAAUAUGGUAGCAUGUUGAGAAUUUUGGACUAGAGAGGAUAUGAUCGAUGGCCCUGGUUAACAUUUUUGCUCCUGCAUUAUUUGUGAUGACAAGAGA